AUGACAACAAUUAGCCAAUUAUCUCAAAAGACAAAAGAUUUAUCAUUACAAUCAAUUCAAAUUGAAUUGAAAAAUCCAAAUGGUGUUCAAGAAGGAUAUCAAGAUUUUGCUAAGGAAUUACCAGCUUUAUCACGUAAAAGAUUAGAAAAAUAUGGUAUUGAUUUAUCAAAAGGUUAUCCACGUCGCCCUGAUCAUAUUCCAAUUUUCCUAGAUGAAGCUUACAAGAUUAGAAAUCGUCCAAAUCCAAAUUAUAUUGAACGUGGAUUAAAUGCUGAUCCUGAGAAAAAGGCAUUAUUUGGUGCUGCAACUGAAGUUGUCAAUUUAACUAAAUAUAUUGGUACGGAAAUUGUUGGAUUACAAUUGAGUGAUUUAAAUGAACAACAAUUGGAUGAAUUGGCUUUAUUAAUUGCUGAAAGAGUUGUUGUUGUUUUCAGAAAGCAAGAUCUUUCACCACAAAAACAAUUAGAAAUUGGUGAAUAUUAUGGAGAAGUUGAAGAACAUCCAUUAACAGGACAAGCUAAAAAAGGUAUCACAGUUGUUUGGAAUAAAUUUAACAGAGGUGGCCCAUUAAUUAAAUUUCAACGUGGUGCAUUUGCUGGAUGGCAUACUGAUUUAGACCAUGAAUUUAGUCCAGCAGGUAUUACACAUUUACAUUUAGAUUCUACAUCUGAAACUGGUGGUGAUACUGGAUUUAUUAGUGGAUAUGGAGCAUUUGAUAAAUUAUCACCUUCAUUCCAAAAAUUCCUAGAAGGUAAAGUUGCCAUUCAUAAAAGUGCACAUGUUUAUUAUGAACGUGAUGAUAUCUUAAGUGGACCAAAACAUAUUGAGAGGGAACAUCCAUUAGUUGUUACACAUCCAGUUACAGGUUGGAAAUCAUUAUUUGUUAAUCCUGCACAUGUUGUUCGUAUUAAAGAUUUGGAAAAAGAAGAGAGUGAUUUAGUUUUAAAAUAUUUGAAUGAAGUUUAUGCUAAAAAUUUAGAUAUUCAAGUUAGAGUUCAUUGGCAACCAGUUAAAGAAGAUGAAGGAGUUUCAGUUAUUUGGGAUAAUAGAAUUAGUCAACAUGUUGCAAUUUCAGAUUAUAAUGAUCAAUGGGAAGGACCAGUUCGUCAUGCUCAUAGAGUUACAAGUUUAUCAACACCUCCAGUUUUCGAUCCAAAUUCUAAAUCUCAAAGAGAAGCUUUAGGCUGGGAUAAUUAA